AUGAAGCUGUCCCGCCACACUUGGCUGCAUUCACUUCCACAGAUGCAGAUUUCUGUCCCUUCGGCUCCUGGGGACAUGGCACCUCUCUGGCCUCUGCUGCUUCUGCUCCUGGAGACUCUGACAAUCACAAAAUCAAAAGUGGUUUUCCCUGAUGAGGACGUGACCUGCCUGGUGCAUGAGGAUUGUGUGCUGCCCUGUCCGUUCAGGCCGAUCGGCUCCGUGGUCAUCCACUGGUACAAGCAGCAGACUCCAGUGCACAGCUUCUAUUACAACAAGGACCAGUUUGGACUCCAGAACAAACAGUUCAGUGGACGCACCUCGCUCUUCAACUCCCAAAUCCCACAAGGCAACGCUUCGCUGCUUCUCAAGAGAGUCCGCGUCCAGGACAAGGGCCGGUACAAAUGCUACACCAGUACCAGGAAAGGAAACCAGGAGGCCUACGUCAACCUGGACCUGAAAGCCCACAUCCAGAUGGUGAUCCUUGAAAUGACAGAUGAAGCUGUGACCUGUUCAUCUUCAAACAUUUACCCUGUCCCUCGCCUGACCUGGAGCACUGAUCCACCUUCAGCUUUGAACAACGCCACUGUUAAAAUCACAGACCACAAAGGACUGUACUCUGUGGAAAGCACUUUGAGAGUUCCUUUGGUGAUCCUGCGCUACGACAGCCAGACCAGAGAAGCCUUCAGCCUUUGGGAGGGACAGGUGGAGCUGCAGCAAGACCUGCUUCUGAGCGGGGAUGGGACUCUCCUGGUCCACGAACCAGACACUGUGGAGCACUCAGGCCUCUACAUCUGUGUUUUCUCAGAUCAUCAAAACAGACAAACAGUGAAAACCUUUGUCAAUAUCACAGAAGCUCCUUUAUGUGUAGACGAGCAGAGUGUGCAGCGAUCGCGAUGGAGCACUGUCGCCUCCGUCGCCUUUGUCCUGAUGGUCAUCGCUGUAGCUCUUCCUCAGUUUCUAAGACAGAAAGAGAAUUUGACCCAGACAGUUUCACGUUACAACGGAGCAGCAAAUGUUCACAAUGGUCUAGACACCUCUGCGUCGUACAAAAUUGUACAAAAUGCUGAAAUCUGCAGCACCAGUCUGUAUCCGAGAAAGGUCAUCAUGAACAGCAGCAUGCUUCCUCAGAGGAGCUCAAUGAGUACACUCAGCUACGGCACAGACUGUGUGAAGCUGGAGCCGAGUGUGUCGUCUGUGGGUGGGGCCAUGAGAGGCGGCCGGUCAAAAGCUGAGCUACAGGAGCUGAUGGAGACUCUACAGCGCAGGAAGAGUGCUCUGGAGGCCAGUCUUCGUGCUGCUGAGUGCAGCAGGAAGUACCUGAAUGUGCCCUCUGCGGUGGCAUCCCAGCCCCCUCGGCCCCUAUCGGCCCUCAGCAUGGACCGGCCCCCCUCCACGUCCAGGAUGCUGGCGUAUGUGUCUAAUGGAAGCAGUGUGCCCCCCUCUCCUCGACAAGGGGAACGCCAGAUCACCUCCAACGGUGUUCACCACCAUUCUCGCCACCAGUCCCAGGACAGUCUGCUCUUGUCCAGUGAGGGGAGCUCUCUGCUGUCCCCAUGCUCGCCCCGGAUCAAGAGUGGUGCGGCCAGUGUCCCAUCCAGCCCCCGCAUGGGCCGCAGACUCUACUCUCAGGUUAGAGCAGGCGACUCUCGCCAGAGGAAGUACUCCACAGGAUCCUUGACCAGUUUAGGUGCUCACAGUCGGUCUCUGCCCCGUCUCCAUAAUCCCGCUGACCCUCCAACUUUGUCUCUGCCUAUACGAAACCCUCCAGUGCCCCACAAAGCGGGAGGCUCGGCUCGACGAAGUCUGUCCUCCUUAGAGCAGCCUCCAGAUGUGACUGUCCCGGCCAGCAUGCCCAGCACACCUCGGAGGGCCAGCAUGGCCUCUCUCAGCUCUCUGGGGGUAGACCUGGAUGGGACAGCCUUAGACCUGGGCUUUGGAGAGAGGAGGAUGUCCUUUGGUAAGGGGGGACUCAGCCCAGGACAAAGAGUUGGCAGCAUCAGCUCUCUAAACGGUAAAGAGGAGCUUCGAGACUACCAUCAGCAUCAGAGAGACGAGCGUCUGAGGGAGCAGAAAGUUCAAAGACUGGAAUGUCAGCGUCUGGAAACAAUCUUGAACUUAUGCACAGAGCUUGAGAGGGACACCUCCACCUCAGCUGUGUGCAGCCUCCAGAAGAUCAACAAGGAACUGGAGAAACUGCAGGUUUCGGACGAUGACUCUGUUUUCACAGACUCUCCCAACAGCAGCGCUCCAGACACCUGCUUCAGCCCCAAGACCCGAGACUAUCCGCUAAGUGAGGACCCCGCGGCGGGGCAGAGGGGUCAACAGAGCAGCUACAGUGGGGUCCGGUCACAUUCACCUGCAGUCAGCCUCAGCAGCAGUGCCGCCUCCCCCUCCAUGAACCACAGAACCAAAGCUUUGGAGAGUGUGCAGCUGAAACAGGAAGUGACACAGAUCGAAGAAGAGCGCAUUCAGGUCCUCAACAACAUGGAGGAGCUGGAGCAGAAGAUCAAGGACCUGGACAACCAAAUGGAGGAGUCCAUCAGAGAGAUGGAGGUGGAGCGUGCUCUGCUGGACGGGGAGCAUGAGGCGGAGGUGGCCCAGUCCGAGAGAGAGAAAGAGCUUCUGGAUCAACUCAAGGAAAAAACUCUUGCGUCCAACACACCAAACGGAACAGAGAGGACAGAGGUUGAGGAACAGACCAAAAGUUUGGAGGAGUUGGAAUUUCAAAAAUUGGAAAGAGAAAUCAUCCAGGAUGAAGAAAAGGAAAACCAGGAGCUGCUGCGGGAGAUUGCAGAGUGUCAGCGCAUUUCUAUCACACGCAAAGAGAGGAUUAUGACUCUGAAGAAACAGUCCACACAGAUAACUUUACAAGCUCAACAAGAACGAGACAACUUCCAAAAGGAGAAAAACAACUUGCUUAUCAUGCUUCAAAAAGAAAAAGAGAAAUUAGCAUCUUUGGAAGAAAAGUAUGCAGAGAUAUCGGAAGGACAAGUCUUUGCCAGCAACCCCAUAAAAGAGCAUUUGAACUCUCUGAAGGAAAGGAGAAGGAGUAAAGAAAACACACCUCUCCAAAGCGACAGUCUACCUCACAAGAGGAGCCAACAGAUCCUCUCCUCCUACAGCAGGUCGAUGGGACACACACUGCCCCCGAAGGCGCACCCUCCUCUCUCUCAAAGCUCCAGUGUUGGCAGUGUGCUCCCACCAGGAUUCACCUUCUCGUCCCGGGACACAAACGGCCGCCGUCUGCAGAAAAACAAUAAUAACCAAUUCCAGAUGAAUGACGAGAGACAGAGGAGGAGCGACUUCUGCAGCCGCUUGGUUUCAGAGCCCAGCGUCUUCUUGGAUUCUUUUUCCUUUGCCGACAACAGCCAGACCUCGGACACCGUCAGCGUGGACAGCUCGGACAGCCUGGAGACCAGCUUCUCUGCAUGCUCCCCAGACAAUAUAUCCAGUGCAAGCACAUCCAACAUGGCCAAAAUUGAGGAGAUGGAGCGUUUACUUCGAGAGGCCCAGGUGGAGAAACAAAGGCUGCUGGAACAUCGUGAGCGGGAAAUGGAGAUUCGGAGACAGGCGCUGGAGGAGGAGAGGAGGCGAAGAGAAGCUCUGGAGAAACGGCUUCAGGAAGAAACGAGCAGACGACAGAAACUUGUGGAAAGAGAAGUGAAGCUCCGCGAGAAACAGAGGUCACAGUCCCGCCUCCUGUCGCGCUACCUCCCGGUCAGGAAAGAUGACUUUGAUCUUCAUGGACACAUUGAGGCAGCUGGACACAAUCCAGAUGCUUGCUUUCAUUUGGCCAUCACUGAUAAAACCUGCCGGGGGUUCCUUGUCAAAAUGGGCGGCAAGAUCAAAACCUGGAAGAAGCGCUGGUUUGUCUUUGACCAAAACCGCAGGACACUCACUUACUAUGCAGACAAACAUGAAACCAAGAUGAAAGGAGUCAUCUACUUCCAGGCCAUAGAGGAAGUUUACUAUGACCACUUAAAAAACGCACACAAAAGCCCAAAUCCAUCUCUGACCUUCUGCGUGAAGACCCAUGACCGAGUCUACUACAUGGUGGCUCCGUCUCCUGAGGCCAUGCGCAUCUGGAUGGAUGUGAUAGUCACAGGUGCUGAGGGACACAUGCACUUUAUGGUCUGA